AUGACUAUGUGCUAUAUUCUUGUGGUCAAUCCCGUAAUCCUGGGCAGCGCAGAUCCUGACAGCCAGAUUUCUACGGAGACUAUCAUGACUGCAACGGCUGUGUCGUCGGCCAUCGGCUGCCUUGUAGUUGCCUUGUCUAGUGACGCUCCGUUGGGCCUAAUGCCUGGGAUGGGUCUGAACGCGUACUUUUCUUUUGGCAUCUGCCGGUCCUUCCACGUCACUUUUGGACAGGCGCUGAGCUGCUGCUUCGUCAGCGGCGCCGCGCUGCUGUUGCUGGCUGUUCUGGGAGUUUGCCAGUGGAUCGUCACCACAGUACUUUCGGAGCACUUGAAAAAGGCAAUCACUGUGGCCAUUGGCGUAUUCCAGGCGCUUAUUGGCUUCCAAGUGAUGGGUUUGGUUGUGGCUUCGCCGAACACGUUGGUGACGCUGGGCGAUGUAGGAUGGUCAAACAAGCAGCUAUACUUGGCCCUUAUGGGGUUCUGCUUGAUCUCGGCCAUGCUGGUCAGCAGACUGCACGGGGCUCUCCUUGUAGGCAUUUGCCUCAUGUCCAUCUGCGCGUGGAGCACUGGGCUUUCAGAAGCACCAGUGGGUGUAUUCAGCCUUCCGAGGUAUGAUGCUGGCUUCCUGUUGGAUUUCUCUUGCUGGGAUCCAGGAAGUGGCAAGCUUCAUGCAAUGAUCCUGGGCAGCAUGGUGCUGCUAUUUGUUGCCCUCUUCGAUCUGGCGGGUGUGCAGUACGGACUCAUGGGCAUUGCAGGACUUCUGCAAGAUGGGCACGUCCCCAGGAGUCAAUGCAUAUUCUCCAGUGCUGCCAUCGCCACCAUGUCGGGAGCAGUUAUGGGUACCAGUCCUGUCAUCAUUGCCAACGAGAGCAGUGCUGGCAUUGUCGAGGGUGCGAGGACAGGCCUGUCCGCUUUGGUGGUCUCUGGUCUGUUUCUUGUGUCCGCCUUUCUGACCCCUUUGCUGAGCUCGAUACCUCGGGUUGCCACUUCGGUGCCUCUGGUUCUGAUUGGAGCCUUCAUGAUGGCGCCCUGCAGAGGUAUAGACUGGGACAAUCUGCGGGCAGCUAUCCCUUCUUUCUUGACCAUCACGGUGGUGCCAUUCACAUACUCAAUCCAUAAUGGCAUCAUUGCAGGAAUUUUAAUGGAUGCUUUUCUGAUGGUUUCCGCAAAGAAGGACCUCCCAGCCGACCUCCCAACAGAUCCGCAUCUGCAACCGCUGAUACCACAGAGCGGAUCAAGAAUCCAAUCUCCUGUGCUUGAAAGGGUCUUCAGCACUCCACAUGCCAGCAUGGCCUUCGCCCCAGAGAAGGUCAACGAUCAGGUGGAGCAAGCUCAGCACCUCUUAGAACAACUGCGACGGAUGAAAACCUCGGGUCACGAGCCGGACCAGGGUGGUGGUCUCGAAAGUGGGGAGGACCGUUUGCUCUCGGCGUUGGAGGCCUACGUGCAGUCCCACAACAUGGUUGCCACCGGUCUACACUUGUGA